AUGGUGAGAGAAGACUGGGAGCGAGAGUCCGCCUCCAUGUGUACGAUUUUUGCUGGUUCAUACGUCACUUUGGGUGCAAUGGCUUCUCCUGAUUGCCAGGGAGGUCUCUUCGCUCCUGUCGAGCAUCGUGUUAUCAGUGCUGAUACUCUGCCCGAUGGUUCCCAUUCCUAUCUCUACGCAGAGGAACACCACAAUCACGACGAGAAAUAUCUUCUCGAAUCUCGUGCAUGGGUUUAUCAGGAGACCCUUGUGUCGCCACGCACUCUGUAUUUCUUAGGUCGCGAGGCUAUGUUGCUCUGGCCAAGCAUGGAUGGAGCAGGCAGACAGACUGCUUUCUUCAAACUCCCUGCGAGAGCUACCAAACAUGGGGCUGGAACUCAGUUAGACACUUCAGUUUCACGGGUCAAGAACAAGUUUGAUAAAUCACUUCCAUGGGCCAAAUGGCAAUUGCUAGUCGCUCGCUAUGGCCACCAAACCGACAUUAGUUUUGCGAGUGACAGACUCAUAGCAAUUGAGGGGCUUGCUGGAUAUUUGCAGCACAUGAGGCCUGGCGAGCGCUACUUUGGGGGAGUUUGGUCGGGCUCAUUUACCAAAGACCUGCUCUGGACAAUAAGAAUCCACGGCCACGAGCGACUGCGAGUUGGUCCAGAUACCACCAAGACGAAUUGGAGCAGCGAAAAGUGGCUUUUCCCGACAUGGUCAUGGGCCUCGCUGAGCGAUGAGCGGCAUCGUAUCAAUGUAAGAUACAAUGAUUUCAGUGAGAGGGUGAACCUCUCCCUCCACGGCCCCGAAUCAGACGAGGAGCAGCUCUACCCGGAUAGCGCCUUCUUGUUACGUCCUGUCGGCGAGCCUUUUGCACAAAACAAGAUAGUAAACGGACAACAAAAGCCUCAGAAUCCCACCGAAAAGAGGCGCUAUUACGAACUCAAAGUGGAAGGCAUUCUCGUUCCAAUCCCACGGUCACUGUUGUUUACAGGGGAGGUGGGAAUGUUUCUCCCCAAAAUCCACUGUAACUGGCGCCACUUCUGGUGUGACUUUGGGCUUCUCGCCUUCCACGACUGGUUUCGUAAAGAAUAUCCUGAAGGAUCUGCUGAGCCAACGUUUUACUGUCUGCGUAUGAUGAAAUACAUAGGUCGGUCUGGACACUAUAUGGGCUUGGUGCUCCGUUGCGUGGACGAGGAAAACCAACUUUACGAAAGGCUUGGGGUCUGGGAACAGCGGUAUGUCUUGAAAAUGGGCGACCCUGAAGAGUUUCUGGACGAACACAGUUCCCAAAGCCACUGCAGCCUCCCUUCCAUCUUCGCGAACAGUUCAGCACCCUCCGGACAAAAAUGGAACCUUGCAUGCACCUUUCCAUACGCCGACUCGUACCGUCUCCGCGCAUACUCGCGGGAUUCGUAACAGAUAUGGGCCAAGAGCGGCGGUUGGCAGCUGAAGAGCAUAGGAUUAUAAACGACCCCCCUUCUGGGUUGUCCAAAUGGGUACUUAGAUACCAAGUCGUCUCUCUUACGGACAUGCUCCUGGAUGCCUGGAAUGUCGCAUCGGCAUUUACAGGAUAUGUUGGCUGCAAAGAUGUCGUCUUCUGCGAUGAGCUCGUUCCAUAUCAUGUCGCGGAUUUCGCGGGGUAGGGACCAGAAUGUCACCCUACUAGUCUUGGUCGUGGUCCGCGUCAUCGUCGUUGUCAUCGUUGUCGUCGUUGUCGUCGUUGUCGUCGUUGUCGUCGUUGUCGUCGUUGUCGUCGUUGUCGUCGUUGUCGUCGUUGUCGUCGUUGUAGUCGGCGUCAUCUUAGCUGACAUCCCCGUACCCUGUCGCGGCUCAUCUGGGUCAACCCCGGCGCUUGGUGUAGGUGCGUCGACUGGUUGCUUUUGUUGGUGUUCUGGGGUUAAGGACGUGAACAGAUCCCUAACAUUCUUUACGCGGACUGCUUCCGCUCGUUGGUUGAUGAUUUCAGCUAUUGUUACCGGCUUGGUACUUCCAGCCUCUGCUAUUGGGGGACUGAAUCAGAGUGCUCAGGAUGAAUAUUAUUAAUAUGAUGAUAAAGUUGAAGUGGAUGACAGUAGGAACCGAGUAAAGAGAUCAAGAUGCGCGUGAGUGGGGGAAUUGGAUGAUGGCGUUUGAGGGGAGACCGCCGAAAUCACGAAUGUGACAAGGCGUUGCUUCCG